GAAGAAAAGGAGAGGGUAGAGGAAGAAGAGGAGAGGGAAGAAGAGGAGAGGGUAGAGUUAGAAGAGGAGAGGGUACAGGAAGAAGAGGAGAGGGAAGAGGAAGGGGAGGAGAGGGUAGAGGAAGAAGAGGAGAGGAGGGUAGAGGAAGAUGAGGAGAAGCUAGAGUUAGAAGAGGAGAGGGUAAAGGAAGAAGAGGAGAGGGUAGAGUUAGAAGAUGAGAGGGUAGAAGAAGAAGAGGAGAGGGAAGAGGAUAAGGCAGAGGAAGAAGAGGAGAGGGUAGAGGAAGAAGAGGAGAGGGAGAGAGUACAGGAAGAAGAGGAGAGGGUAGAGGAAGAAGAGGAGAGGGUAGAGGAAGAAGAGGAGAGGGUAGAGGAAGAAGAGGAGAGGGAAGAAGAGGAGAUGGCAGAGUUAGAAGAGGAGAGGGUUGAGGAAGAAGAGGAGAGGGUAGAGGAAGAAGAUGAGAGGGUAGAGGAAGAAGAGGAGAGGGUAGAGGAAGAAGAGGAGAGGAUAGAGUACAGGAUAGAGGAAGAAGAGGAGAGGGUAGAGGAAGAAGAGGAGAAGGUAGAGGAGAGGGUAGAGGAAGAAGAGGAGAGGGUAGAGUUAGAAGAUGACAGGGUAGAGGAAGAAGAGGAGAGGGUAGAGGAAGAAGAGGAGAGGGUAGAGUUAGAAGAUGAGAGGGAAGAGGAAGAAGAGGAGAGGAGGGUAGAGGAAGAAGGGGAGAGGGUAAAGGAAGAAGAGGAGAGGGUAAAGGAAGAAGAGGAGAGGGUAGUGGAAGAAGGGGAGAGGGUAGAGGAAGAAGGGGAGAGUGUAGAGGAAGAAGAGGAGAGGGUAGAGGAAGAAGAGGAGAGGGUAGAGUUAGAAAAUGAGAGAGUAGAGGAAGAAGAGGAGAGGGUAGAGGAAGAAGAGGAAAGGGUAGAGGAAGAAGAGGAGAGGUUAUAGGAGAAGGUAGAGGAAGAAGAGGAGAUGGCAGAGGAAGAAGAGGAGAAGGUAGAGGAGAGGGUAGAGUUAGAAGAGGAGAGGAAGGUAGAGGAAGAAGAGGAGAUGGAAAAGGAAGAAGAGGAGAAGAGGGAAGAGGAAGAAGAG